AUGAGCGACACGGAGAUGCGCGACGCCGAUGCCAGCGUGAUACGUGCCCCGAGGCGCGCGAAGGCGCCGAAGGAUGCCAUCAAGGUGCCGCCUGCGGUGAAGGCGCGGUGGCGUGAUCUGACGGUGGCGCAGCUGCCGCACCUGCCGCCGGCGAGUGUGGCGCCGUCCGCGACGCUGCAAGCGGCGCUCCAGGCGGCGCGCGCGCACCACGGGCAGUGUGUGCUGGUUGUCGAUGACGGGCAGCUGCGCGGCUACGUGGACAUGAUUGACCUGGUCGCGCAGGAGACGCAGGGCUCGCUGGACGACCCGGUAUCGAGUGUGCAGCAGCCGCUGGCCGGCACGCGGCGGGCGCCGCGCUUCCCGACGACGUACCGUGUGAUCCACCGCGGCACGCCGCUGGCUGAGGUGGCGGCGUUCCUGAGCGGGGCGCCGUUCGCGCUCGUCACGGAGGCGGUGCCGCGCCGUGUGGAGAGCGUGAUCACGGCGAGCGACCUGGAGCGGUACGCGGAGGUCGCGCAGCUCGAUGCGCCGGCGGCGCCGAUCGGCAGCCGGCCGGAGGAGGAGUCGCGCCGCGACCGCUCGCUCGUGGAUGUGCUGCAGGCGCUCGAUGGCUAUGCGCCGCUGAUUCCGGACGAGGUCUCUGACUACUACCUGGAGCGCGCCGGCUUCCAGUGCGACGAUGUGCGGCUGUGCGUGUGCCUGGCUAACGGCAGGAAGCGGCUCCUGGCCCUGGCUACGGAGAAUACGCGCGGAUCCGGACGAAUGUGGGCCCUGGGCGGAGCAGCCGCCCCGGGGCCGCAGGACGCGUACGUGGCGCCGCUGACCCCAGGACCGCACGCGCACCGUGCUCACGAUGGACGACCUCAGCGCCGCGCUCGGCGAGUAUGGGAUUGA